AUGGAGCUUCCUGACUUCACGAACGAUUUGACCAGCGACCUCCACGAGGUUCUAGCCGACGACGACCAGCGCACCAAGAGCCGACUGCGCGCCAAGCGCCUCUACUACAAGAAGCGGAACUUGCUUGACGAUCUCCAGCGCGACGUCGAUGUCCUGGAGGUCGAGUACGAGCGGCUUCUGGCUGUCCACCACAAACAAGACGCGCACUCGACGCUCGAGUCCACUAAACAGGACCCCAGUAGCGCCGUCCACCGCGCAUACGUGCAGCUAUCGCAAGUCAAGAGCGCACUGAUGAAGGAGAACGAAGAGCUCAAGGGACUGCAUGCAAAUUACCAAGAGAUGGAGAAACAGAUUACACAGCUAGCAGCCGCCCAGAAGAAAUCUUUACGGCUGGCUGAGGAAGAGCAGAAACACAAGCGGAGGAACCCCGUGCUCAAGGUGAACCCGCUCACACAGGACCAGUGCGCGGAGAUCGCACAGAAGUCCUAUUUAGAGAUUAAGACGUUCCGAGAGAGCGAUACAUGCUUCUCUACUGGAACGAGCGUGUUGGGGUGGCGAGAUCGACACGUUCUGCGCCACAACAAGCUCAUGUUCUCACUGGAUAAAACUUUUCAGGGACGGGCUACGGACAUGAUGGCGAGGAAUAUCUGGGAGAUCUUGUCGCUGCCUGAGCCCAUCGUGAUCAUGCGUCCUCGAGAUGCGAAAGUGCAUUUCCACGUCGUGCAGCGACUGAACGAGGACGCGGUUGUCUACUACUACACGCUGGAGCGUGAGGACACGGACAUUCGAGUUCGAGCAUUUCUCUUGGCCAUGCGUGUGGAUCUCGGACAGGAUGGUUGCAUGGUAAUUCUUCGCAACUUGGACCCAAAGACCUACCUCCAACACGAUGGAGACUGCACAGCACCGGUCCGUCGCGGACGGCGGAAGGUGGAGCCGCACAAAGAGAAUUUUUGGCUGGAUGUGUUCGUGUGGAGUUUCUACGAGUACGCGGGUGAGCAGCUUGACGACUGUAAACAGACUUUCGGCGGAGAGAUUGAAGGCACGACACUCGCAAGUCCAGGAUGGUGGUCGAUUGAAAUAUUGGAGAUGGCUCUGCGCAUGGAAAGCAGGGGAAUCGGCUCGAGGGGUCUACUGCGAUGGUAG